CAGGCGCGGCGCACGGUGCGCAUGCGCCCUGGGGACCCGGUGGCGGCGGCGGCGGCGGGAGCUAGUAGGUGGCCGAGCGGGAGGCGCCAUGGCGGCGGACGGAGAGCGCUCCCCGCUGCUGUCCGAGCCCGGAGACGGCGGCGCUGGCGGCAACGGCCUGGUGGGCCCGGGCGGGAGCGGCGCCGGUCCCGGCGGAGGCCUGACCCCCUCCGCACCUCCCUACGGAGCCGGUAAACAUGCCCCGCCCCAGGCGUUUCCCCCGUUCCCGGAGGGGCAUCCAGCCGUGUUGCCCGGAGAGGACCCACCCCCCUACUCACCCCUGACUAGCCCGGAUAGUGGGAAUGCCCCCAUGAUCACCUGUCGCGUCUGUCAGUCUCUGAUCAACGUGGAAGGCAAGAUGCAUCAGCACGUAGUCAAAUGUGGCGUCUGCAAUGAAGCCACCCCAAUCAAGAAUGCACCCCCAGGGAAGAAGUAUGUCCGAUGCCCCUGCAACUGUCUCCUUAUCUGCAAGGUGACGUCCCAGCGGAUUGCCUGCCCUCGGCCCUACUGUAAAAGAAUCAUCAACCUAGGACCUGUGCAUCCAGGACCUUUGAGUCCAGAACCACAGCCAGGGGGUGUCAGGGUCAUCUGUGGACAUUGCAAGAACACUUUUCUGUGGGCAGAAUUCACAGACAGAACCUUGGCACGUUGCCCUCACUGCAGGAAAGUGUCAUCUAUUGGGCGCAGAUAUCCUCGGAAGAGAUGUAUUUGCUGCUUCUUGCUUGGUUUACUCUUGGCUGUCACUGCCACUGGCCUUGCUUUUGGCACAUGGGAGCAUGCACAGCAGUAUGGAGGUAUCUACGCAGCCUGGGCAUUUGUCAUUUUGUUGGCUGUUCUCUGUUUGGGCCGGGCCCUUUAUUGGGCCUGUAUGAAGGUCAGCCAUCCUGUCCAGAACUUCUCCUGAGCUUCUCUAUCCAGUGUGUGCCUGGCGGCAACAGUGACACUACAAAAGAACUGGGGUUAAAGGCUCCCUGGACUUCUACAAGGAAGCCAAGCAGCUGCCUCCUUUUCCCUGGGGAGAAGUAGGAAGGAACCAGUCCCUCACUUAGGUUUGGAAGGGUAGAUGAGACCAUUGCUGGCUGGCUGCUUUUUCCUCCAGGUGUUGCUAUGUUUAGGGUAAAAUAGGCAAAACAUUGCCCCUAAACCUGGAUCCUAAAAAUGGUUCUAGCCAUGUCCUUCCUAUAUGUGCUCCCUGAAAACCAUUCCUGUCCCUUACACAUUCCAGGGCAGGGUGGGGGUGGGACGUCCUGGGGGCCGGGGGUGUUCCCCUCCCUCCUGUGCAUCAUUAGGACCUUGCUGCUGCUAUUGCACUUCACCAGGGGCUGACUCUGGCCGCAGUACCCUCAGUCUCUUCUCCCCACAUUUCGUGGCUUGUGGGGUGGGGUCAGCCGCUGCUCUGUACAGAACUACAGGAAUUGAUGUGUAUAUAACUAUUUAAUGUGGGGUAUGUCCCCUAGUCUUGUAUGUCCCUUAAUCCUUCCAACUUUCCUUACUUCCAGUUGCAGUACUGAACUGGGCUGGUGUAGGGUUGCUGUGUCUUGGGAGAGGUCAGGGAUUCAUCUGUGCUUGUAAAUAAAUGUCAUGACUAAAA